ACUUGUCCAUCGGCACAUAUCAUCCGCGACAGUCCGCGCGAGUGUUUGCGGGUGCUUGUGUAUACGAUUAUUAUGUAUGUGUGUGUGAAGCUGUGCGCAAUCGCGAUCAUUUCAUCUGAACGAUUUGUAUCCGUAUUGCAAUAAUCGAUCCGGCAGUUACCUAUAUGGGUUUUUAUUAAGUAACUUGAGUCAAAAUAGCAUAGAUAAAAUCUAAAUCAUUGUUUUAUUGUCAUCCGGUCGAACGAAUUCUAUUAGUGCGGCUGUCGCCGGAUUAAGGUCGACAUCACACAUCUACACACGUACCUCAACAGAAAAUAAAGCUUUGUAAAUCACUAGGUGUGUAGGUACGCAGGUAUCGUCGUCGGCGUCCAUAUGAAGAUGAAUAUGCCGAAAUUCAAAACUUUUCGUUGCGCGGUGACGAUAGAGCCCAUGAUGUUCUUGUAUUUCGUGGCCGUUGUCCUGUCGAACAACGUGGGCACGAAUAUGCUUUUGCACAAGGGAUGCAACCCGAACGCGACUGCGGCACCAGACCUGCACGUCUCGCCGGAAUGUAUGAUGGAGAACGGCGCGCAGCACGGAGUGUCGACAAUCAACGUGUGGAAGCACAUGAUCCAGGAACUGCUGUCGCUGGUGUUCAUCAUGUUCGCUGGCCCGUGGAGCGACCGGCACGGCCGCCGGCGACGGCCGCUGAUGUUCGUGCCGGUGAUCGGGCAGAUGACCUGCGACGCGUUUAACCUGCUGUCCUCCGUGUUCUGGAGCGGCGUGUCACCCACCGUCACCGGCAUCACACAGUCGCUGAUCUUGUCUGUCACCGGGUCACAGCAUUGCUUCUUCAUCGGCAUGUUCGCGUACCUGGCCGACAUCACAGACACGUCCAACCGGACCAUGCGCAUCGGGUUCGCCUCGGCCGUCCUGCCGCUGGCCGCCACCCUGGGCGCGCUGUCCGGCGGUUAUCUGAACGUGAGGCUCGGGUUCACCGCCGUGUUCGCCUUGAAUGUAGGCCUGAACGCGGUCGCUCUGUGCCUGGGAUUGCUGUUCGUUUACGACACGUCCGAGCCGUACAAGGCGACCGAUUCGCUGUACAGGAGUACGUUCGACCCAAAUAUCGUGGUCAAGAGCUGCAAGACCGUGUUCGUCAAGCGCGACAACCACAAUCGCCUUAUCCUCUUGCUGAUGGUCGUCGCCUCGCCGUUGACCGGCGCUCCUUUUGUGGGUGAAAUAGGUCUGAUGUAUAUGUAUCUGAGAAAGCAGUUUGGCUUCAAAGAAAUUGAUUUUAGUUUAUUCAAUGCGUACACAAUGGGAAUUAUGCUAUUUGGAUCACUGUUUACUCUUGGAAUUUUGAGUCGAAAACUUAAAAUGAAUGAUGCAAUGAUUGGUUUGAUUGCUACUUCCUUUGAUAUUGCAACUGCUAUUGGAUUUCUAUCAAUUACUAAAUUGCAAUAUUUAUUAUUCGUACCUCCAUUAGAACUUUUCCGUGGUGCAGCAUUAGCUCUCUCAGGUGCCAUAGCUUCGAAAUGUGUGGAAUCUCAUGAAUUAGGGUCCAUGAAUUCCGUGAGAAUGGCCAUCGAAAAUUUAUCAAAAAGUGCAAUUCUGCCAUUAUAUAGUAUAGUAUACAAUAAAACGCUGGAAUCUAUGCCUAGUGCCUUUUUUAUCAUCAGCAUAUGUUUAACCGUACCAUUAAUCGGAUGUUUCGGAAUUACUUAUUACUUGACCCGAAAUCAAAAAGAGCCGGUUAAACCAAUCCAGAAAAAUAAUUUGGAAGAUACAUCAAAUGAUCUCAAUGCUAAUACUACUACUAAUACUAAUGGGAUGAAAUCUGACAACGUUGAAGGACUUGUGCAUAUGUAAAUAAUAAAUAAUUUAUUUUAUUUAUGUAAGUAUUAAGACGUAUAAUAUAAAAACAUCCUAAGUUUAACCACUUAUGGUAAAAAUAGGUAAAUAUACUUCUUAAAUAUUUGUGAAUUCAGAAAAUUUAUAUUAAAUGUGAAUGUAACAUUGAAUAA